AUGUCUAAGAACCAGCCCACCAAAGUCGGAGAUGAUUCCCACUUCGCGUAUCAUAUCAGUCUUCUGAAUUUAAAGAAUCGUGAUGACGAGAACGAUAAAUCGGUCUCAGCGCCCAUCUUUACUGGACCCCUUCUGCGGCAACCGAACAUGUUACCGUCUCAAUUUGGGCUCCUAGCAGGACUGGAGGCGACACAGCACUCGGGGCUUAUCGAUUUGAAGCAUGAGCUCAUUAAGGAAGACCCUCGAGUCUUCUUCAAUGUAUCAUCUCCGUCGAGUACCUUCAUCUGUGGGUCUCAAGGAUCUGGCAAAAGCCAUACCCUUUCGUGCCUGCUUGAGGGCUGCUUGAUAAAGUCUAAGGCAGGAUGUCUCAAGAGUCCCCUCACAGCAGUGGUCUUCCACUACGAUACUUUUAUCUAUGACAAUGGGGGUUCGCCAUGUGAAGCGGCCUUCCUGGCCUCGCACUCUAGUAUCAAAGUCAGGGUUCUGUGCGCGCCGACAAACCUAAGAACAAUCCAGGGAACAUACGCAAGAUUGAGGAUUCCUGUUGAGCCUUUGCAAAUUGACCAGGCCGACCUGAACACCAAACGUAUGCUUGAUCUUAUGGCGGUAGGUCAAGAAAAAGGUGCAAUGCCGCUAUAUAUGCAUACUGUUCAGCGAAUUUUACGAGAGAUGCGUUUACUCCAGCAAGAGACUGGCUCCCAGCUUGAGCCUUUGAAACAAAGAUUAGACACCCUUGAAAGUUUCAUGCCUCGUCAGCAAGUUGGCUCAGGUGUUCCCAACGACAAAAAGGGGAAGAACGUGAAAAGCAAAGGAUCAUGCUGGACACUAGAGCCAUCUCUAUUAACCAUUGUGGAUCUCUCUUGUCCGUGUAUUUCUCCAGACACGGCCUGUUCGCUCUUCAACGUCUGUUUUGAAAUUUUCAUGGAGCAGAACACUCGAGUUGGAAGAGUGGUUGCGCUUGAUGAAGCACACAAGUACAUGAAAAGUUCUAUCGAAUCGCAGAACUUCACCAACACACUUCUAUCGACAGUUAGGCUGCAACGUCACUUAGGAGUCCGUGUGAUCAUCUCCACACAAGAACCUACAAUCUCGAGUGACUUGCUCAGCCUUUGCUCAGUCACUAUUGUUCACAAAUUCUCCUCACCCGCUUGGUUACGCGCGUUACAAGGCCAUGUAGCGGCAGCAGCUAUAGGCGUCAAGUCGGAGGGGCAAAGGCUCCCUGAGACUGAAGGCAGCCUGAAUCCUGAAUCCUCAGGUCAACUCUCCUUUUUCCAUCAAAUAGUCAAUUUGCGUGUGGGAGAAGCUCUGCUUUUUGCCCCAGGCGCGAUUCUUGCAACUAUAGCCAAAGACUCGGGUUCUUUGCAGCUGAAGAGCCUAGGGGCAGGCUACAUGAAAGUCCAAGUUCGACAAAGAUUAACUGAGGAUGGGGGAAAGAGCGUGCUAUCCUCUUGA